UUGCGCAAGUCUGACACGUUUGAAUUGCGCAAUUUGACACCUCACCAAUUUCUCAACCUCGAUUCAUCAUUACGACUCGAUUCAAAUCCACUUAGCUUUACUACGAAGUGUCCACUUGGUAAGUUAUCGGGACUUUGAAGCGUCGUUGAUUGAGAGUCAGAAGUGCAGUGCGACAAAACUAGUGGAAUGCCGAAAACCGAACAUCUUGACGAGGAUGACAGACUUCUCUUUUUGGACAAAGGCAUAAAUGGAAUUGUUGAUCUUCCGUAUGUGUACGUCGAAGAUCCGAUUCGAAGGGUUCAAUACCACAGCUUGAUGCUUAAGGGCGUCGCGAAUCAAUUAAGAAAGUGGCCGAACGAUCUUUUCAGCUCGUUCAUGGCAGCGUGCCUUGUCAUUAGCGGUUUUGUUCUUCUCGUUUUUGUCUCGGCGAUAUUUUGUUCUUCUUGUCUUUGUCACGGCGAUAUUUCAUCCAUAGGGAGCGAUAAUUGUUGCGAAUUGAAGAUUUCCGAGGAUAAAUGUUCCUUUAAUGUCUAUUUCGUGAAGGAAGCUGCACAGGUCUGGUCCGGGAAAGAAUUCUGUUAUAUCGAGGCUGCAGCGAGAGAACAACCCAAUCUGAAUAUACACUUAAUUAAUUUGAUGCGUGCUUCCGGUAUACCGAACACAUCGGAAGUUUAUCUUAAAAUGGCACUGGCGAACCAAAAUGCCAAUAUUCACAUUGCCGACUUAGCAAUCGACGAAUUUUUCAGCAAGACGGAAUUGUCGAGUAUUGCGAAAAAUUUAAGUAACGAAUUGUUGUUGAUGGCGGCGAAAGCGUAUCUGCUUUGGAACUUCCCCGGAGUCGCAAUGCAUCCCAGCGCAUAUUGUAAUUUGUCAAGCAUCAAUAAAUCUCGGUGGAAUAAAGUGGAAAAACGUGAUUGCACGCCCGACAAAUUGAUUACGAUCGACCCAACGAUCGACUUGCAAGCGACAGACGUGCAUUGUCAAGCAUUUCUAGGAUUUUUACUCCGGGAAAUAUCCAAGAAUGCAACGCAAAUUUUUGGUUUGAAGGAUGCAUUGGAUAGAUUUUGUCCGAGGAUUGAUGAUUGUCCCGAAGUACGAGUGCUUGAUUUAAAAUCGCGAUGCUCGGUCAACGCUUUCGAUUGCCCUACUGUAUAUACGUCCGGAAAACCUUGGGAACUUACGAUAUAAUUCAAAAAUUUAUUUAUAAAGCCACCCGUUGAAGAAAUGGCACCUGAUCUUUAUCGUAUAAAAUUUUAUAUAAUGUGACCUAAAAUAUAAUGAAUAAGAAACAAAAAAUUUAAUUUAAAAAACCUGUAAUAAAUACAUUUUCAUGAUGUAUAAGAAAAAAUGAGAAGAUUACCGAAUUAAAAAGUGAUAUAUAUGUAGUUUGGAAAUAAACUUUUUUUAAAAUUAAGAAACAACAAGGAUGUGAUUUGUGAAAAGAUUUAUGACAAAAAUGUGUAUAUAAUAUAAGAAUACGAAAUUCGGAGAAUAAUCAGAAAUUCAUAUACAAUUGUUCAUCGAUUUCUAUUUUUCUGACGCUCCAUUGAUCAUCGUCAUCUUAGUGUGUUUUGAAGUAUCGAUGCUCGUAGAGCCACAUCACACUCAGCCACGUCCAGAUUUCUGCCACUAAAUAU